CCCCGCCGAGCAUCCGCCUCCCGCUCCGCGUUGCCAGGCCAACGCUGCGGAGGAUGCGGAGGAUGCUGGCGGUCCCUGCGCCUGGGCAGCCUCCGCAGCGUGGCGGGCAGCGCGCCCCUCGCCUCUCCAUGGGGUGCGUGCCGCCGCCGGCACCCUGCCUGCCUCCACGGGCAGGGCUGCAGCCCCCGCAUGGCCGGGGACGGACCCCCUGCUGCAUCCCCGCCGGGAGCCCCGGGUCAGGACGCAGCCCCCGUCAGGCCCCCCGGCACCAUGACCCACACGGACGGCACGCGGGGCAGCUCCCAGCCGCCGGUGCUCGCGGCCCACGAGCUGGAGUGCCAGAUCUGCUACAGCCGCUACGACGCCCGUGCCCGCAGACCCAAGCUGCUCCGCUGCGGCCACCGCCUCUGCGCCAGGUGCCUGCGCAAGAUGGUGGCGCUGGGGGACGCGUCGCCCCGCCAGCUUUGCUGCCCCUUCUGCCGCCGGCAGAGCCCGGUGCCCGGCGGGGACGCGCAGUGGCUGCAGGACGACAGCGAGGGGUUGGUGUGCCGUGAGCGGGCCCAGAAGCGGGGCCCCCCCGCAACCCCCGAGGUCCUGCUCUGCCCCAGCGUGCUGGAGCCCCUGGCGGAGCCCUCGCCCAGCUCCGACUGCCUGGUUGUCACCAUCCUGGAGGUGCCUGAGGACGUGGUGCCGCCUGAGGGGCUGGGUGGGCUGGAUGUGGUGCAGCUCUACCGCCCCAGCAGCCCGGUCGCGCUGCCCAGCCGCGGCCCCGCGCCCAAGCGCCGCUCGUGGACGUGGCGAGCCGCCCCCCGCUGCCUGCUGGGCACGCUCUGCCUCCUCUACUGCAGCUCCCUGCCCUUCGGCAUCUACCUCCUGCUCACUGAGCACCACAGCCUGGGCGCUGCGCUGGUCAGCCUCCUGCCCGCCUCCCUCCUCCUCUGCAUCUCCUACAGCCUCUGCCAGUGCCUGUGCCGGGAGGUUUUUGCCUUCCCCUCGUCCUGACCCUGUGGGGCUGGGCCCCGUGGAGGCUUGGGGCACCUUGGAGCAUCGUCCCUCGGCAUGGGUGCUGCCGCCCCGCAGCUGCCAAGAGAUGGGUGCUGAGCCACAGUGUGGAGGUGUGCCUGGCCCCAGGGCCAGCGGGAGAUGCCGGGCGCCUGUUGUCUUUUCUCACAGAGAGGAGAUGUACUACAAGGCCGUGCACAACACCGCCGUCCUCUUCCUGCAGAACAGCGCGGGCUUUGCCAAGUGGGAGCCCACGCCGGAACGGCUGCAGGAGCUCGUUGCGGCCUACAAGCAUUCGGGCCGGACCCUCAGCUCCUCGUCCUCGUCCUCCUCGUCCUCGUCGUCCUCCUCCGCAGACAAGGAGCGGGAGCUGGGCCGCGAGCAAAGCAGCAGCCGGGAGACUAAUGCCAACUGAGGUGCAGAGGUGAGAGGCAGCAGGGAGGCGCCGGCGGCCCCGAGGAGGCUCGCCAGGGCAGGCGGAGAGACUGCUGGCUGCGCAGCACCGGCCCGGGGGACUCUUGCCCAGCAGCUCCACGGCACCCGCCUUCCCCUGCGAACUGCACGCUGCCCGCGCCCGGCAGCGCCACGGAGCGCCCGGCCCCCGGCUGGGAGAGGAGCUGGGCUGCAGCCACGCCGCAGGGCGAGGGAACCACCACGCGUGGGCGGCCGGAGGAGCGGGCGGCCCCCUCGCCGCCCAAGCACGGACGAAGGGGCAGCCGGAGCUGGGACGCGCGCACGGGCAGAAGGACGGACGGAGGGACGGACGGAGGGACGGCCGUGGCGAGCGCUCGGCGCGUGGCGCCGCGCCUGGAGGGGCCCCGGCAGCCGGCCGCAGCCCGGCGCUGGCAGGAGGAGCGCGGGCAGAGCGCGGGGGCUCCCGCGGCCGGACUGGCACCAGCACAGCUCCGUGUCCAUAGUGUAAAUAGUUCUGUCCGUGGCGCCCGUGCUCCUCGCAGGGCUGCUCCCAUCGCACCCGCGUUUCUUUUCCACAUGUGUGAGUCCCGUGUUCGCCGACGCUGUGUUACCGUAUAGGAGAGGAGCGGAGGAGAGGAGUUCUUUGGUGUGUAAAGACGUCUUUGC